UUCAGUGAAAAAGCGAUGGCGUAAAUCUUAGCCGCCUAUUUAUGCCCUGAAUGUUAACCGGGAGGUUCGUUCGCUGGUUCUUACAAAAAAAAACUAUAUUUUUUAUACUUGAAAGAACGUCAUCAGUUGAAUGUUAGAUAUUAACUCAGUUUUAUAGCUAGACAUGAGUGGUAUUCUUAUGCAGAUGUGAAAGGAUAAAAGAAAAAUCGAACGCGGAAGUGUGGAAGAAAUCUCCCGGAUUGUGAUCUGCUGAUCGGCCAGGUUUACUGACUGGGGGAAAGAGAAGGGAUGGAUGACAACAAAGAAGCAGCUUCUGAGAGGAUACUUUUGGAGCCAUACAAGUACCUGCUGCAGCUGCCAGGGAAGCAAGUAAGGACGAAACUGUCUCAAGCCUUCAACCACUGGCUCAAUGUCCCAGAAGACAAACUACAGGUGAUCAUUGAAGUGACCGAGAUGCUGCACAAUGCGAGCCUGCUGAUUGAUGACAUUGAGGACAGCUCUAAGCUGCGCCGUGGCUUCCCCGUGGCCCACAGUAUCUAUGGCAUACCAUCGGUGAUCAACUCGGCCAACUAUGUCUACUUCUUGGGCCUGGAGAAGGUGCUGACCCUGCAGCAUCCCGAGGCUGUGCAGGUCUUUACCCGGCAGCUGCUUGAGCUCCACCGGGGGCAGGGCCUGGACAUCCACUGGCGUGAUACCUACACCUGCCCCACCGAGCAGGAGUAUCGCCAGAUGGUGCUGAAGAAGACAGGUGGCCUUUUUGGUCUAGCUGUGGGUCUUAUGCAGCUCUUUUCCACCUGGAAGCAAGACCUCAAGCCGCUGCUGGACACGCUGGGCCUCUUCUUCCAGAUCCGUGAUGACUACGCCAACCUGAGCUCGCGUGAGUACAGUGCAAAUAAGAGCUUUUGUGAGGACUUGACAGAGGGCAAGUUCUCUUUUCCCACCAUCCACGCCAUAUGGUCGCAGCCUGAUAGCACGCAGGUGCAAAACAUCCUACGGCAACGCACAGAGAACAUGGACAUCAAGCGGUACUGUGUGGACUACCUGGAGAAGGUUGGCUCCUUUGAAUACACUCGGCAGACACUCCGGAGCCUGGAAGCUGAGGCCUACAGACUCAUCAAGGACCUGGGGGGCAACCCUGAGCUGGAGGGCUUAGUUGAGCAGCUGAGCCACAUGUAUAAGGAGGAGUGAAUCUCCAGCUGACCCAGAGGACUCCCCCUCCCUGACUACCCACACAGUGCUUGAACUUCACCUCAUCUCACCAGUCCCAUUGAAUUCCUGUGCAUUCAUACUGGGCUAUGGUUCUUAGCAACUGAACGCUUCUCAGGGGGGUGCAGAAAGUGUUGCUUGGCCAUUUCUCCUUGCGUACGUGUUAAAGGACUUGUAUGCAAUAAAGCCUUACUGACUUUUUUAUUACAAAGUAAAAUAUUUUCCUUUUUUAUUCCAGUUUUGUUGCGACAGAGUAAUGUGUUUUGAAAUAUCAGGGAGAGCAUUCUUUGAAGGGUUAAGUGCUACUCUGUGUCAGUCUGCUGUUAAGUGCCAGAUUUGGUGUAUGGAAAUUUAAUACUUUUUAUACUGCACUGACGAAGAUUAUUUUAUAACUUCUGUAUGAAGCAUACAAAUGUAUUUGGCUAGGAUUCUGUUUUUGUUUAAAUCUCCUACUGUAUGUAAAGGACUAGAUAAGGGCAUAAAAUAAGCUUAUUCCUUUAUACUAA